AUGAAGCUCACUCACUUCGCUGCCAUCGGACUCCAACUAUGGAUCACAGUUGCCCAUGAGUCGCAUUCUUACGAAUGGAAGCACAGAUGCCCACAGCUUGGGCCUCUCAAUCCUAAAAGCAGCAAGGCGCUUGCCGACAUGGAUCAGUACCUCAACUCCGAAGAGUUCCUCAACAUCUCCGUAGCACGAUUGUCUGGAGCCGUACAAAUCGACACGACGAGCCAGAACUCAUGGCGGGACUUCCCGGGCGAAGAUCCAGUAUGGAAGCCCAUGUCGACAUUCCGCAAGUACCUCGAGGAAACUUUUCCUUUGAUUCAUCGCCACCUCAAGCUUGAGCGGAUCAACAAGCAUGGCCUCGUUUACACCUGGGAAGGUAGAAACCAGUCCUUGAAGCCAACUCUUUUUCUCGCUCACCAAGAUGUUGUGCCCGCCCCAAACGAGACAAUACGCGGGGAGUGGACACGUGGACCUUUCAGUGGAGAUUCUGACGGCAAAUACAUUUGGGGCAGGGGCUCGAUCGACUGCAAAACCACCCUCAUCGCGAGCAUGUCGGCAGUGGAAUCCCUACUCGAGGUCAGAUACGCCCCACAGAGAACGCUGAUCCUAGCAUUUGGCUUCGAUGAAGAGAUUGGUGGAUUUCAGGGAGCCAGGAGAAUUGCCGAACACCUUUUGAACCGCUACAAGAAGGACGGAAUAGCCUUACUCAUUGACGAGGGCCCUGGCUUCUUUCACGACAAAGAGUUUGCCACGAUCUACGCUGUACCAGGAUUGGCUGAGAAAGGCGCUUUCAACGCAAACAUUUCUGUGCACAUGGAAUCGGGCCAUAUCGCCUUUUCAACUAGAGACAACUCAAUCACUAUCAUGGCUGAUCUCAUAACAAAACUCCACGCCGAACACCCGAUGAGCGGCCCAAUUCAAAAAUAUGAUCCAUUCCUGGAAACACUUUUCUGCUUGGGUCAGCACGUUGCUGGUUUCCGAGAAAAGUACAUUGAUGCCCUGGAGCGUAUUGACCUGAACGAAACAGCUGUCAAUGAUUUUCUGCCCAGGAUAAUCGACGAGCGGCCAGCGCUAAGGCCGCUUGUGGAAAGCACUCACUCUUUGGCCAUGAUUCAAGGCGGAAACAAGAUCAACGUUAUUCCUGAGCAGACCGUUUUGUCAAUUAAUCACCGGCUUCAUCUUGGUACUUCCGUUGAGCAAGCAAAGAGUCACCUGGAGCAGAUCGUCAAGGCCUACAUCGCAGGUAAAAACGCAGACAAAGAUGGAACAAACCUUACAUUCCGCGGUUGGGCUGACGAGGAUUCGGUUAAUUCGAUCAAGCUGACGGCAUUUCAAGGUUCACUGGAGCAAUCACCAGUCACCCCCUUCUCUGUCAGUGGCAUAACACCAUACGGUAUCCUGCAAGGCACGAUUCAAAGCUUGUACAAGGAUAGUAACUUGACACUUGUGACGCCGAUCGUGAUGCCCGCGAACACAGACUCUCGGCAUUACUGGAAUUUAACGCAGCACAUCUUUCGUUUCAGCCCGGGCCAUGACAUGGCCGAUGCACAGGACAACCAGAUCAGCAGCAACGCGCACAACAACAACGAGCGUGCGAGUAUCAUCGGCCACGUCAAUGGUGUGAAAUGGUACUCCUUAUUCAUACGGAAUAUGGACGAGACAGACUUGGCCUGA